CAUAAGUUUCUCUAAAGAUACUUGCUCAUUAAUUUGAAAAUAUUUAAAAAAAAAAAAUAAAAGAAAACGCGUUACCUACCAAACUAAGAUAAAAAUAAAAUUGAAAAGUAAAAAAAAUGUAAUAUAGUGUUAAGAAUGAUACAUAAGUCCUGUGAGAGCAGUUAACAAAAGUGAAUAAAUAUUUCGUACUGCUAAAAUAUACACGGAGUUAAGCUGUUUAUAGAUACAAUUUGUACGAUGAGAAGGCAUUUUCCAUACAUAAUGUAAUUACAUUGAAAAAAACACAAGAAUAAAAGAAAAGAAAACGUGUGUAUAUUGUGUCCUCGUGAUAUGCUGUAAAUAAAGUAUCGUUCGAUAACUUUGAGUAUAAAAUAAAAUGUAUGAAAUAAAAUAACUAAAGAUUUAAAGUGAUCAAUCAAAAUGGAAUUAAAUAUAUUCAAAAAAAUGCUACAUCAAGAAUUAACUAGUAAAAAUGCUCUGAAAUCAUCUAAAAAAUCAUCAUCCCUGCUGAAAUAUCGCCGUUGUAAAGUUAAAUCUUCAUUUACAAUAUUAGUUACGGCUUUCCACUUUGUGCUUGUUUUGCUACUUUCAACAGACAGUUGUAAUGGUUUUGUGCUAGAUGGUACGCAAAACUCCUUUGCACAGUUCCGAAAGUGGUAUACGGGCCUUAACGGGACAUUAGAGUUAGAAUUUAAGACGGAACAACCAAAUGGUCUUGUAAUGUACACGGACGACGGUGGUACCUAUGACUUUUUUGAGUUGAAAUUGGUAGAGGGUGCACUUCGUUUGCGCUAUAACUUAGGUGGUGGAGCACAAAUAAUUACAGUGGGACGUGACUUACACGAUGGUCACUGGCAUAAAGUGCAAGUACUUCGUAGUGAUGAACGCACAACCCUCACUGUGGACGGCGUGGCACAGUAUAAGGAUUCACGAGGGAAAGAAUUCCAAUUUGGUAAAUUUGCCACAAAUUCCGAUGUCUUUGUUGGUGGAAUGCCAAAUUGGUAUAAUGCCAAGCUAGCAUUGUUAGCAUUACCGAGUGUGAUAUUCGAGCCACGGUUUCGAGGCUCAGUUAGGAAUUUAGUGUAUGCUGAUGCACCGAAUGUUGGGCCUCGGAGGCAGGAGCAACGAGCGCAACGUGACAUUAAAUGUGGCGAUAUGCCUUGUGAUGGAAAUGAAUUGCCCAACAAAGAAAAGGUGGCACGUGGUUUAAGAAGUAAUAUAACGGAUGCCUGCGAAAAAAAUGAUCCAUGCUUACAUAACGGAAUCUGUAUCUCAACCGAUAACGGUCCUAUAUGCGAAUGUAGAAAUCUAGAAUACGAGGGAACUUACUGCGAAAGAGAUAAAGCACCUUCUGAAGCAACGUUUCGCGGUACAGAAUUCUUGUCGUAUGAUCUGGGACAAACUGGAGGUGAACCUAUUGUAAGUGCACAAGAUGCCAUUUCUCUGUAUUUUAGAACACGACAGCCAAAUGGUCUACUAUUCUAUACAGGACAUGGCACGGACUAUUUGAAUCUAGCGUUAAGAGAUGGUGGUGUAAGUUUAACAAUGGGAUUGUCAAAUGGAAAGCAAGAAAUGCAUAUUAAACCCGCAAGAAUUCGUUUCGAUGAUCAUCAAUGGCACAAAGUUACAAUCCAUAGAAGAAUACAAGAAAUUUCCUCAAUUACAAGUUUUUGUCGACUUGUUGCAGUAGUUGACGACGUCUAUACGGAUCAUUCUCAUAUCGCUGGGAAAUUCACAAUGCUUUCAUCAUCUCGAGUAUAUGUGGGUGGAGCAGUUAAUCCUCGUGCACUUUCUGGAGCUCGUGUUCAUAAUAAUUUUGUCGGAUGUCUUCGGAAGGUUGAGUUCUCUGCUGAUACAUUGAGAUUAAAUUUAAUUGACCUAGCGAGAACAGGAUCGAAAUUAAUUCAAGUUGCAGGACGUGUUGACUAUACAUGUCCAGCUGGCGAUCCACAAGACCCUGUUACAUUUACCACCCGCGAUUCUUACUUAACUUUGCCAUCUUGGGAGGUGACAAAACAAGGCGUUAUCUCAUUUAAGUUCAGAACAAAUGAACCAAAUGGAUUGAUUAUUUUAAAUACAGGAAUUAAGGAUCAAAAGACCGAUUUCUUUGCUGUCGAAUUGCUCAAUGGACAUAUAUACGUCCAUCUUGAUUUAGGUUCGGGUGCUGUAAAGGUACGAGCUAGUCGAAGACGUGUCGAUGAAGGAAUUUGGCAUGAGCUGAGUCUACGACGCGUUGGAAGAGAAGGACGAGUUGCAAUUGACGGACAAUGGAGUGACUUUAAGACACCUGGUGACUCUACACAACUUGAAUUGGAUAGUGCCAUGUACGUUGGUGGUAUUGGACCACCUUAUCUGGAUGUUCCGGCACCACCAGCUCUUUGGACUGCCACUUUACGUCAAGGGUAUGUCGGAUGUCUCAGAGACUUGGUUCUCAACGGAAAACCCGUGGAUAUUGCAGCAUUUGCGAGACAACAAGAUUCAGGAGCUGUAAAGCCAUCUUGCCAUGUUGUAUCAAAUCAGUGUUCUGGUGCGAUCCCAGCUUGUCAGAACGGAGGCGUAUGCACAGAAGGUUGGAAUCGUCCACUUUGUGACUGUUCUGCGACAUUGUAUACAGGUCCUACAUGCGGUCGCGAGUCUACUACUUUGGCAUUUAAUGGAUCUCAACAUAUGACAGUUUGGCUUGGUGGCCAACAAGGUACACGGACUCAAACAGAAGAACUUGUUCUUAGAUUUAAGACUCCCAGACCUGUUGGAUUACUUUUACUCACGAGUGCAGAAUCAAAUUCACCUGAUAGGUUAGAAAUCGCACUUGUGGCAGGUCGAGUAAGAGCUAGUGUAAGAUUAGAUAACAGAGAAAAGAAUCUGUUGGCUGGUCAGGGAGUUCUUAAUGAUAAUAACUGGCACACGGUGAGAUUUUCAAGAAGAGCUUCAAAUUUAAGACUUCAAGUUGACGGGGCCACCCCCGUCAGGGGUACGUUAUCUGAGACAAUUUUGGGAAAACAUAGUACCUUGGAGGUUAAAUCGAUACAUUUGGGUGGAUUAUUUCACGCGGAAGAAGAAAUUCAAAUGACGUCUACAAUGCCAAACUUUAUUGGACAAAUGCAAGGAUUUGUUUACAACGGACAAAGAUACAUUGAUCUUGUUAAAACACUUGGACCAGAACUUACUUCUCUGCCAACAACAACAUUCAAAUUGACAGCUCGUUUUGUAAACUCUCCACCUGGAAAUCCAUACCUUCCUGUAACAUUCCGAUCGAAGCAUUCAUAUGUCGGACUUACGAUGCUCAAAGCAUAUUCUAAUGUGUUUAUAGACUUCCGAUUUAAAACACUUGAGCCAAAUGGUUUGCUGUUCUAUAACGGUGGAAAGCGGAACGACUUUAUCGCUGUCGAACUUGUAAAUGGUCAUAUUCAUUACGUUUUUGAUCAAGGUGACGGUCCCGUGACAAUUCGAGACAAAUCGCGAGUGCACAUGAAUGACAAUCGUUGGCAUUCCGUCAGUAUUCGUCGACCGGGACCAAGAACACACACUCUCAUCGUAGACGACUCAAUUGAAGUAUACAAUACAGCUGGCAAUAAUGUCUAUUUGGAGUUAGAAGGAAUCUUGUACGUGGGAGGAGUAUUUAAAGAUAUGUACUCUCGUUUGCCCGUUAGUAUCGCAUCUCGUAGCGGGUUUGAGGGAUGCUUGGCAUCUGUGGAUUUGGCUGAUAUCUCUGCUAGUUUAACUGAAGAUGCGAUAGUUCCAAGUUCAUUAGUAGUAGCUGGAUGCGAGGGUCCAACCAAGUGCAGUCAAAAUGCUUGUUCGAAUCGUGGCGUUUGUGUUCAACAAUGGAAUGCAUAUGCAUGUGAAUGCGAUAUGACUUCUUUUAUGGGAUCUACUUGCAAUGAAGAAUCGAUUGCCUACGAGUUUGGAGCAAAUAAGGGUUUAAUUCAAUACCAAUUCCCACCAGGUCGUCAACCAGACACUGAAGAUGAUUCAAUAGCUUUAGGUUUUGCUACCAUGAAGUCAGAUGCUGUCUUGUUAAGAAUCGAAAGCUCAAAUACUCCGGAUUAUCUUGAAAUGGAAAUUGUUGAGGGUAACGUUUUUGUUGUUUUUAAUGUCGGAACAAACGACCUUCCAUUGGGUGAUAUUUCUGUAAAAGUAAACGAUGAUAAUUACCACGUUGUACGAUUUGUACGAAAUGGAGCAAAUGCGACAUUACAAAUAGAUGACUACAAUGUCCAAACACUAUCAGCGCAAGGACAUCAAUCAACGGCAUUUAAUUCAAUGGCAACUGUGUAUGUUGGCGGAAAAGUUAGCCGAAAUGGACGGUCUCGCAUUGAACGGCCAUACGCUGGAGUAAUUUCUGGAUUGUCCAUUAAUGGCCUCCGAAUACUCGAUUUAACAUCUGAUCGUGAUCCACACACCACAAUUCGUGGCGAUGUGCAACUGGUAACCGGGGUAACAGAUAGAAAUAUUCUUCAAAGAAUGCAGCAGACUCCAGCAAGUGGUUACCCAGGAGUAAUGGAUGAUUUGAUAUUUUCUGGGGCUGGUUCUGGAUGUCGAGGUGACGACGAAGAUGAGUGUACGCCGCCAUUUAAUGAAGGCAGUGGGGAUGACCUCAUAACACCAGUAUAUAUUCCCCCAACAAAACAACCAAAACAAGAAAAAAUACCAAAAACGUCAGAAGAUGGUGGUGAUACGAGGUUAUGUGACGAUGAAGAUUGCAAAUCAGGUUCAGGGUCUGGCGAAGUUACAGAAAUAUUUACAGUCAGUACCAUUGCGGGCGGUAGUACAUCAAAAUCAGAAGCAGAAUCAGAAUCAACACAGUUUACCAAAGAAAGUACACACACUACUGAUUCGAAAACAACAGAUCAAGAAUCCCCGAGCAGUCCUAAAAUUUAUAUUAGUCAAACCGAGGAGCGUACUACUCCAAUUGAUUCUGGCAUAUUUAGUGGAUCAGGAUUCGGAUCGUCAACAGCACAACAGCAACAAACGUCACCGUCGUAUUCAUCCACGUCCUUUGCAACUUAUCAAACAACGAAACAAUAUCAAUUCAGUUCAACAGACACGAGUCAAGCGCCAACAAUUUAUUUAUGGCCAAGUAGUAGCACUUCCACAACGCAGGCUGAAACUACGCCUGAACGUCGAACAACUACACCAUAUCGUCCACCUAUUGUUUACACCUCCACGACCAUAGUAAACGAGCCUGAAACAGAAUCCGGGUCAGAAGAUUUGGAUACGGAUAAUAUAAUUGAGACAAAUGAAGAUCGCAACGGCCGUAACAAUAUUAAUGAUCAUAGGAAAGGAGAGCGUAAUGGGAAAAUUUAUGAGCCACGUUCAACACAACGUGCCGAUGUGCCACACUCUCGUUCCGAAAACUAUCCCACAAACGUAUACAAUCCGACAAUGCGCCCAAAGAAGCCAGGUCGUGUUACGACUGACACUGAGGAGCGAACGGCAAUGAUAAUCGGAAUUGUUGCCGGUGUAUUAAUAGCUGUGAUUCUUGUUAUUCUCUUAGUCUUAUGGUUAAAAUCAAACCAAGAACGCUCAUAUAAAACGGAACAAGACAAGUCAUAUAAUUAUGGACCUGGGCCAAAUGCUGCUUUGCUAGGAAAUGUGGCUGGCGCAAGUAACAUGCAGUUCAAUGGUAGCGGGUCAGCAGGAAUCAAUAGUGGGCAUCAUACGAAUGGUGGCGGUUCAUUUUCACAUAACGGAUCAAUGCGCAAUGGAUCAAUGUCGGAAAAACCCAAACCUAGAAAUAAUAAAGACGUUAAAGAAUGGUAUGUGUAGAUUCGUUAUUUUCCCUAUUCCGCAAUUUAAAUAAAUGUUAAAAGGAAUUACUGACACCGAAAAAACUAUUGAGAAGAUUUCUUGUUAUAAAUCGUUUAUAUUUUAAAUUAUUGAAGCACAAAUAAUAAUUUGAUCAAUGCAUUCCACUUACCGAAAAAUGAUUCCCUAAAAUUAUUAAAUCACCAAGAAAUAUCAAGAUAACAAAAACAAUUUUUGCAUCUUCAGUAUUACUUUAAGUCCAAAACAAUCCAUCUUUCUAAUUAUAUAUUAUACGUACCUAAUAUAAUUAUAUAAAUUAUUAAAAGACAAAACUAGAAUUUAAAUAUAAAUAAAAUAAAACAAUAAUAAGCAUUAAACAACUUACAUGAAAAAUAGGAUCCGAUAAUUUGAUAUAAAAAAGUUGUUUCACUAAUUAUAGACGAAAAAAUAAACAAUAUAAUAGACCAAAAUACGCCCAAUAAUAUCCAACGAAGUGUUAGAGAAUUUGUAAGACAGGAAGAUUAGAUCAAUUUAUACGUUAACUUAUGGAAAACUCAUUUUAUUGAUAUAGAGGUUCCCUCAGUUUAUACAUUUUGCUUUUCAUAUUUUUCGGAGUUAAUGCUUCUAAAAAUUGAUUAUAUUGAAUUAUUUUAGUCAUCAAGUGCGUUUAUAAAAAUUAAAUUUGUUUAAAAAGCCAUUAAAAAGAGUUUCAAAAAUUAAAAAUAUAUUAAUUAGGUACCUAAUGUUAUAAGAAUCAUUGCAAUAUUGAUAAUCUCGAUAUGUCGAGCUUGAAUUACAAAAAAUUUGUAAAAAAUAAAAGAUUAAUAUUUA